AUGGCUCCCUGUCCCGGCGCCGCCAACCUAUGCUGCCUCCUCUUCCGCGACGAACCCAACCCACCAGAGACCCUCGGAGUCCUCGCCUUCGACGCUGCCAAGACCAUGUGCCGCCUCCUCUCCCUCUACAACUCCCUCUCCCACCAAGAAAUCAUACGCCUUCGCCGCCACGUCAUUAGGUCCAAAUCCGUUUCUCUUCUCAACUCCCGCGAUGAGUGCUUCCUCCUCACCCUCGCCUGCGCCGAGCGCCUCGAGGACCUCAAUCUUGCAGCGGCCACCGUCUCCCGCCUCGCCGCCCGCUGCACAGACCAAAACCUGGCGCGUUUCGAUGCCCUAGAUGCCAGCAAGAUUGAGUUCGGAACCCGCGACGUCGAGAAGAAGAUCGAGAGCAUGGAGAAGCUCGUGUUCGCCACGAGGAGCCUCCACAAGGCCAUGGAGUCCCUCACGGAGAUGGAAGCGUCGGAGCAAAAAAUUCAACGGUGGCGAACCAUUAGGGAAAACCACGGCCUCAAGGUCAAGGUCGAAUGCUUCAGCGAAAGAAUUAUGUUUUAUCGGAGACAGGUUAUAUAUUUCAAACAAGUCUCCCUUUGGGGCCAGACAUUCGACAAGGUUGUCGGCCUCAUGACGAGGAUUGUAUGCAUUGUCUACAAUAGAAUAUGUUCUGUUUUCAAAAUCUUCAUCACCGGUAAUGUUGCCAGAUGUAUCAACCAGAAGAAGAAGAAGAACAACAACAAUAAUCAUAACAAUAACAAUAACAAUAACGAUAACAAUAACGGCAAAAAGGUUGCUAGAUCACCGGAGAAUUGUUGUUGCCGCAUUGAGCAUCGCGAUUUGUAUAUGUUGAACGUUUGUUUGUUCGACCAAACUGAGGAAGAGAUGUCCAGGCGGAAGCGUGCCUGGGGUUGUUGUUACGUGAAGAAGAGUUCUACCACAGGGGUUUUCCGGUUCCGCAACGCGCCACCGCAGGCAAUCAGCCAGGUGGCGCGGAACAACCGCGUAAUGCGUCUGGCGCCGCCCUCGACGGUCGGCGGGGCGGGGCUCUCGCUGCGGUACGCAAACUUGAUCAUGCUGGCUGAACGGUGCUUGCACGCGCCCAAUGCGACAAUUGGGGACGACGCGCGCGCUGCGUUGUAUGAGAUGUUGCCUGGGAGGUUGGAGGUGAAGUUGAGGACGAAAUUGAGAGGAGAGUGGUUGGAAUGGAGGAAAUCGGAGGGUGACGGAGAGGGGCAGUCGGAAGCGGUUAGACGGUGGCAGGAGGAGUCGGCGGAGGUGCUGGAAUGGUUGGUGCCGGUGGCGCAUGACAUGUUGAGGUGGCAGGCGGAGAGGAACUUGGAGAAGCAAAAGUUUGAGACGAGGCCAACGGUGUUGUUGUUGCAAACCCUGCACUAUUCGGAUUUGGAGAAGGUGGAGGAGGCCAUUGUGACGGUGUUGGUGGGGUUGAGUUAUAUGUAUUGGUACAGGAAUUUGUGA